ACUCAACCCAACCCAACUCAACCCAACCUAAGAGCCGUGAACAAACUCGCAUCAGCAUAUCGACGCGGCGCGCAGCCAGCCAAUCUCACCUGGCCCUCGUCGCCCUCCACCGCGUCAGCACUCUCACUCCCUGCUCCUCCCACCAGCCCGCUCCGUCCACUUCAUCCAAUCCCCCUCUUGCUCGUACUGUACCUUGUCCUCGAUAAUCUCUCCACUCCACCGACCGCACUCUCGGCGUCUCCAAGGGCAACUCUGCGCGGCCCACCUUGGAUGGGCGACGGAGAGGGCCGAGCUAGUUCCUAGGGUACUCCGGGUGUCUGCUCUCAGUCCCGCAAAAGAGGACAGAAUCUAGGUGGGGGGAGCGCCAAGCCAAUCGGUAGGCUUGCGAUCCGUGAACGGCAGAACCUCGGAAAGUGCGCUGUGCACGAAUACCCCUCGGGUGUCAUGCCUUAGUAUUUGAGAAGGCAGCAAAUUGGGCAAGAGGAGGAGCUAAGCUGCGAAUCUUUCUGCCAUCCUUCCCAGCGCUGCUGCUGUAUACACAGCCGUCGUUUCGUUGCGUCUGCAAACACAAGGAUAUUUUCCUAUGGGGAACGCGGAUAUCAGCUCCGAGACUUCCAGCAACGCUGGGAAGCCUUGCGACUACAGUCGGCCCCUUGGAAACACGGAGGAGAACUGGCUCCGUGCGGUGAAUGGAGGCACGGGGAACACGGUUGUGGGUGUCCUCGUCAGUUUGGAGGUGAAGCGCGAGGCUCUGCAGAACGCGGUAAACAGCGUUCAAAAGAAGCAUCCCAGGCUGCGCUCGCAGCUCGUCUUCGUCGACGGUCGCCCGCACUUCCAGACAACUGCCAGUGGCGUUGUGGAGGUCGAAGUGAUCGAGAAUAUCCCCGAUUCUAUCGCGGCGUCUUCUGACUGUAACGGGGAAGGCUCUGAGGAGUUUUUGGACGACUCCUUUGAGAUCGGACGGCGGUGCUCGAUGGACAAUGGAGGCAAGAUAGCUGCUGUUGAAGAGGAGGGGAUGGAACGCAGCGAAUCGGGCCGCAAUGGGUACAAGAUGAGUCUGUGUCAGGACCACUGGCUGAGGAUCGUUGAAUCCGCCAUGAACGAGCCGUGGAAGUGUGACGAGUCGUCUGUGGGGGGGGAAGCUGCGAGCCUCCUGUGCUUCAGGCUGUACAGGCUUCACGAGGGUCGUUCGUUGAUUCUUUUCCGUGCACACACGUCUGUGUGUGACCGCAAGUCUGCUGGCAUCGUUGUGGAAGAUCUCCUCUCCUUCCUUGAUGAUGAAGUCAACGGCAAUGGAAGCCGUUCUGAUCUUGGCAGCACAAAUGGGUGCUCCGUGAAUGAGCUCGGUCUGAAGGCCACAGAUCAAGCCGGGGAGAGCCAGAGCGCAGAUCUGCCAGUGCAGCAGUCUCUGAAGGCUGUGGAGGAUUGCAUCCCUCCGGAACUUUCCAAGAAGCCAUUCUGGGCUCACGGCCUUGAUGUUGUUGGCUAUGGGUUGAAUUCUAGGCGGUACGCAUGGCUGCCAUUCCAUGAUUCGUCAUCAGAGCGACAGUCUGCUCUGAUCCGCUCUGGACUCAGCAGAUCUGACACUGAACGGCUUAAGCAGGCAUGUGAGAAGCACAACAUCACUGUGUUUGCAGCAGUGGCGGGUGCAGCACUGAAAGCUGUGGCUAGUGUGAAGGAGCUGGGCCGUAAGGGGGAGCACUUUGCUGUCACCACGUUUCUGGACUGUCGUUCCCUGCUCCCCCAUGAGAUCACCUUGGACACUGUUGGGUUCUAUCAUUCGGCCAUGAUGCAUACGCAUCAAGUGAGUGAGACUGCUGGAUUCUGGAACCUUGCAAAGCGCUGUCACGAGUCGUCUCUGCAUGCCAUCAAGAACAGGAAGCACUACACUGACAUGGGUGACCUCAACAUGCUCAUGGCUCAGGCCAUUUUUCAUCCCCAGCUCACCCCAGCGAGCUCUCUGCGAACCUCCACUGUCUGCUCCUUCUGGGAUGCGCUGCAUGAGAAGAUGCAGAGAUUCGUGGACAGGUUGGGCGUGGAGGACUAUGUUGGCUGCUCCUCUGUUCAUGGCGUUGGACCGUGUUUUGCCAUCUUUGAUUCAUUUCGUGAAGAUGGGCUCCACCUCUCAAAUGUCUAUCCCACGCCCCUUUUUUCACACACAAUGAUGCGCCAAGUCGUUACAAGGAUGAUGGAGUUUCUGCAAGAAGCGUGCGAUGGAGCUGAGUAGAUGAAUGUGCCUUUGCAUGAUAUUUCUCAUAGAUGUUCAUUGUACAGGUAGCUUGGUCUUCACAUCUUGUAAUGGUUAAGGAAUAUAUUUUUUGGUGAUGGAAU